AUGAAUCAAGGAGAACAUGACUUCAUGUCAACUAUGACUGGAAUUGUAGCUGUCGAAUGGAAAGACAAGAGAGGUAUCUACUUUCUUUCUAAUUACCACAAUCCUAACGAAGUGACAACUGUAAACAGAAAACAGGCAAACGGUGAAAUUGUAGCUGUUCCAUGCCCUAUAUUAGUAAAGGACUACAAUGCUCACAUGGGCUAUGUCGAUAAGGCAGACAUGUUGAAAUCUACCUACUCAAUAGAUCGCAAGUCCAAAAAGUGGUGGCACAGAAUCUUCUGGCACUUUCUGGACACAACCAUAGUAAACUCUUUUAUCAUAUUUUCAAUGCUAUCCCAGGGAAAACCACUGACACUAAAAGAGUUUAGGAGAAGCGUGUCAAAAGCCCUUCUGGGAGUACCUCGUGGAGAAACUAGAGGAAGACGAAGUUCUUCAACUCCAAUCAACAACUACAAACCAAAGGUUCCACAAGAAACUUCGUUUUACGGAAAAUGCACACAUGCCAGUAAGAGGAACGUCUCGACGUUGUGCUCAAUGCUCCAGCAAAGAAGAAGUUCAUCGGUCGAAAUGGGUAUGUGA